GGCACCGACUGGUGUGCGAGUCGCGGCGCGCCAAGUUCUGGGUUCCGGACUCUCACGCAGGUGUCACGUGGCGGGCACACUGUCGGGCACGGGUCGGCGGGUCUCCGAGUGGCAGCGGCGGCAGCAGCGUGGGGCCUCGGGGUCGCCCGGCCGGUGUGCGGGACACCGCUCCGGUAGGUGGGCGACUUUGGGUGCCAGGACCUUGGUGUGCCCAACGCUCUCGGGGCGCUUUGUUGUGUGCGCCUUUCCGCCCCGCUUCCCCCGGCGGCUCUGAGAAGCCGGAAAAGGCAACCUUGAACCGGUGCAAUGACAACUCAAGUCAACGGGGCUCACAAGGAUGCUGACCUGUGGUCCUCGCAUGAGAAGAUGCUGGCACAGCCCCUCAAAGACUGCGACACCGAGGUUUACGACAUCAUCAAGAAGGAGAGUAACCGGCAGAGGGUUGGGCUGGAGCUGAUCGCCUCAGAGAAUUUCGCCAGCCGAGCAGUUCUGGAGGCUCUGGGCUCUUGCUUAAAUAACAAGUACUCUGAAGGGUACCCAGGGCAGAGGUAUUAUGGCGGGACCGAGUUCAUCGAUGAGCUGGAGAUCCUCUGUCAGAAGCGGGCGCUACAGGUCUAUGAUCUGGACCCCCAAUGCUGGGGGGUCAAUGUCCAGCCCUACUCAGGCUCCCCGGCAAACUUCGCUGUGUACACCGCGCUGGUGGAACCCCACGGGCGCAUCAUGGGCCUGGACCUGCCCGACGGGGGCCACCUGACCCACGGGUUCAUGACAGACAAGAAGAAAAUCUCUGCUACGUCCAUCUUUUUUGAAUCUAUGCCCUAUAAGGUGAACCCAGACACUGGCUACAUCAACUAUGACCAACUGGAGGAAAAUGCCCGCCUCUUCCACCCGAAGCUGAUUAUUGCAGGGACCAGCUGCUACUCCCGAAACCUGGAUUACGCUCGACUGAGGAGGAUCGCAGACGACAACGGGGCCUAUCUCAUGGCCGACAUGGCGCACAUCAGCGGGCUGGUGGCUGCCGGUGUGGUGCCUUCCCCCUUUGAGCACUGCCACGUGGUGUCCACCACCACCCACAAAACCCUGCGAGGCUGCCGCGCCGGCAUGAUCUUCUACAGGAGAGGAGUGCGCAGCGUGGAUCCCAAGACCGGCAAAGAGACGCUGUACAACCUGGAGUCGCUCAUCAACUCUGCCGUGUUCCCGGGCCUGCAGGGAGGUCCCCACAACCACGCCAUUGCUGGGGUCGCCGUGGCCCUGAAACAAGCCAUGACUCCGGAAUUCCGGGUGUACCAGCGCCAGGUGGUGGCCAACUGCAGGGUUCUGGCUGAGACCUUGAUGGAGCUGGGCUACAAAGUGGUAACAGGUGGUUCUGACAACCAUUUGAUCCUCGUGGAUCUCCGUUCCAAAGGCACGGAUGGUGGCAGGGCCGAGAAGGUACUAGAAGCCUGCUCUAUAGCCUGCAACAAGAACACCUGUCCAGGUGACAAAAGCGCACUGCGGCCCAGCGGACUGCGUCUGGGGACUCCGGCACUGACAUCCCGCGGAUUUUUGGAAAAAGAGUUCCAAAAAGUGGCCCAGUUCAUUCACAGAGCUUUCUAGGGAGAUGGGAAGUAAAACCGGAUUGCUGGCUGGGGAGAUCAGCUCCUCGGAAGAUCGUCCACACUCCCCGACGGGUUCCCUGCCGGCUGAGUGUUACCGCAGAGGAGAAGCUGACCUGCCUUGCAACAGCAGGUCCGGGGAGGUCGGGACAUGCGUCUCGCACUGGCAGAAGUGGGCGGUCACCGUGCGUGCCGCUCCCAGCCUCCAGAAACAUGUCGUUGAACUGUAGCAGCCCUGGCACUUGGGGUAGAAACUGUUGGACUUCCUAGGAUUUGAGCUGGGAUAUGUCCUUUGAGGUUGAAACUUACAAUACCUUGACUAUAGCAACGGAGAAGCAAAAAGCUAGAUGGGAAAUGACAGGUGGGCUGUCGCGGUUCAUUUCCAAAUUCCAGCGCAAUCUGUGUAACUUCAGCCCUUGAGAGUUAAUCAUGGAAAGGUCACAAUUUCUAACACCCCAAGAUUCCACCGAAUGGAGCAAGGUCCCUAGGGAAAUGGUGAGGUGUGAGGCAACAGCUCAGGCCGGAGCGUCCCAAGGGCCACAUGUGGGCCUCUAGAAACCACGACUGCGUAACUGCUAACCUUAUCAGGCUGCUCUCAACCUGGACUGCUUGAGAAAGGGUGGCUGGGGGCAGGGGAGCGGUAACGGAUUGGAAGUGAAGUUGAAAUAAACUCAGUUUUGGUGCCUGGGCCUUCAAAAUGAGUCAGGACUGACAAAGUCAAGGGGCACGGAUGGCCUCUGUUCUCUGCAAAGUGUUUUCAAGAUGUUUUAUCGGAGGCAAACCUGAAACGAAUAUUUUUAAAGAGACAGCCCUGUCGCAUAGAGCUCCCAGCCUUAAGAUUUGCAGACGCGGGACUUCUAGUGGGUUCCGCUUCUCCAAAGUGGAGGGGAUCUGAGAAGGGCAGUCCCACAGUCUCAAGUGCCUGCCCACACUGGCUCAGUCCCUCGGCCACUUUAAAAUCCCUUUGGAAAGAAACAUUCUUGGCAUCAAGCAAUCCUCGGAAACUGCCACACUGAAAAGCUAGGUUUUUACCAAAAUUUAAAACUGGAGUCUAACUACUUGUCAGGGAAGCCAGCUUUCUUUCACGGAGGAACGACUCAAGGGAGACACUCCUCACCCACUCUUUCUGAGGCUGGCCCCAGGACAGGGCACACCCGUUCUGUUCACACCCGACUGGUCUCUUGCCUCAGAAUCCUGGGGCCUCUGGAACCAUCCUCGAGGCAGAGCUUCCAAGCAAGCACCCUCCAAAGUGACUUCUACUUCAGACUACCGUGUUGCCUGGCCUUAGCUUCUAGAAGGCCAGAUGUGACUGACCUUCUGCCUUGAUCAGUUUCCCAGGUGACAGCAAUGUUAACUGUAGAGUCCGUGAUGCUGUGGAACAGGAUGAAAAGCAAUGGUGGUGCCAACGAUCGCUUUCAACUUUGUCAAACGGACCCCACAGACCCUUCUUUCCCUUGGAGAUAAAGUGUCGUAAGGUCAUGUCCCUGGAGGCCUGAGUAGACAGCAGUGAGCCACCCAGUCAGAAAACAGAGCAGCAUCUUGAACACGAGGGACACGGGAGGCGGCAACGAAGAGGGGAGCCCAUGGAGAGAAACAGGCAUCCUACGCAGCCUUCCCCACAUGCAAACACACGCUUGACAUUUAAAAGCUGCCAAAACAUUCCUGGCGACUCUUCUGUGCGUGAACAAAGUAACGGGCACGGGUACAAAGAACACCCGUGAGAUGUAGACAGACCGUCUACCUUAAAAGGUCCUCAGUCCCAGCCUCGGGAGCGAAAUCACACACCCUCUGCCAGGAAUGUGGACCCUGACCGGAAGCCGGCGGCCAGGAGCCAACGGGCCACAUCCUUGUGUGGAGGACCCGGGCGAGGAAGGGGCCACGGGAGGGAUGUGACGCAAACCCCCCCUUGGGUUCC